CGGAAGGCAAGGAAGGAAGAAAGAAAAAUGGCUGAUAGAAUUACUCUAAACGUAAGUGGAGCAGUAUUUGAAGUCAAUGUCGAAGUCCUUCAACGAUUUCCACAGACAUUACUUGGAUCUCGUUGUAAGAGAACCAAGUAUUACGACAGUGCGAGAAAUCAGUACUUCUUCGACCGACAUAGACAAGCAUUUGAGGCGAUUUUAUUCUAUUAUCAAAGCAAUGGCAGGAUUCUUUGCCCAGAUAAUGUACCAGAUAAGGUAUUCGCAGAGGAAAUGGCUUUUUUCCAGAUUUCAACUAAACACCAAGAUGUCAGAACAGACAGUGCGGAGAAGUUUGAAGCAUUCAUGAUGAACCAACGAGCUCCUUCGAGGCUCAGCCAUCAUUGGCAGAGAAAACUUUGGGAAUUCUGCGAAAUUCCUGAGUCGAAUCUAUUUGCCCGGUUCGUAUCCAUAUUCUCACAAAUAAUAAUAUAUUUAUCAAUAGCAGCAACUUGCUUGGAAACGAUAGAUACGUUGAGAAUGUAUGGUGGAUAUCCGGAAACAGAACCUGACAGCAGCCCACUGAUUGAAGAGAACUCCAAAACACAAGUAUUUCCACGUAAUGUUUGGUUUUCUUUUGACAUUGCAUGCUUCGGGUGGUUUACGUUGGAAUGCGCGAUACGAUUUCUGGCAUUCCCAAACAAAUUGGAAUAUUUUGAAACGCUGGCGAAUUGCAUAGACGUUCUGACUGUUAUUAUAUUCUACAUAUUCCUAAUCGUGCGUGUCACCGCUCCCAAAGCAGUACUCCCACUAAGAAUCCUGCGCUUUCUGACCAUCAUUCGUAUCUUUAAGCUCUUUCGUUACUCGAAGAGAAUGAAAAUCUUCGUCCUGACGUUGGCAAGUGGUAUUCGCGAGCUUUGCAUGUUGUUGGUGUUUUGUGUAAUGAUCUUGAUAUUGAGCUCUAGUGCGGUAUAUUACGCUGAGGACGGCCUUGAUAACAGCCAGUUUUAUAGCAUACCAGAUGCGUUUUGGUGGUCUAUUAUUACAAUAACGACCAUAGGUUACGGCGAUAAAGUCCCAAUUUCCCCCAGUGGUAAAUUUAUUGGUGGCAUGUGUGCCGUGUUCGGCGCUCUUAUCAUAGCGCUGCCGCUGUUUCGUUUUGCCGCGCAUUUUCGCAGCAGACUAGACCAUUUGAGUAACAAAAAUAAGAUCCAGUCUUACAAGGCUCCAAAUAAAAAGAAGCUUAUGGAGGGAUUCGGAAGAAUGUGAGACUAAACUCUAUAAGACUGGAAUAUUAACCUUCUAAAAUGAACCCAUCUACUUUCAAUGAAGAAAGUUAAAGCUGCACCAUUGUGUCUCAGUAAUGCUUCCCGUCGAACAGCAUCCAAUAAAUUAAAAAUCACUUACAAAUCAAUAAAAGUAAAUUUAUAUCCUUUGUUUAGGAAUUAUUUUGUCAAAGGCGCUUCGUAUUAUCAACUAUGUUAAUACAUCACCAGUUCAGAAUUAAAUAUUGGAUGCAAACGAAAAUAAUCAAAAUAAUUGCCCUAAUAAAUUACGGUAUAGAAGGGCUCCGAGAAGGUUCAAAUAGUUUUCUUGUUGAUCGUCCCAUCAGUACAUCAACCCCCCUUGAACUGCCGUCCAGUUACAUUGUAUAAAAACUUUAAACCAAAAGGCGGCAAGGCUCUUCCUCGUGUACUAGAAAUAUUUAUGAUAAACGUCCAGCUGUGAAUAUUCAAUCCAGAAUUAAUUUUUUUCUGUCAAUCGCGACAGCUGUACCACAGGAUGACAAGACAUCCCAGUACGAAAUUUCUUUGAAAUGGAACUGAAAUGUUUAUGAAUGGAGAAUGAAUAACAAUGUUUCUACUAGAGUAUUGAAAACCAGUCUAAAUACUAUAAUCUACGAGGACCAAACUAAUUGCGGUUUCUUUUAAGUUCUAUUUCUCUUUAUUUUAGUAGUCAUUCAGUAUUCUGCAACAUUGCAUAGAUAUUCAAGGGCUAGCGAGAAUCACUCAAAGUGAGAAGCGCUUGAAUCCAUUACUAUUGUAAAGUAGGUAGAUUAGGAAAAUAGACUUCGAGAUUAACAUGCAGGCUUCACAAUAACCGAAAAAAACAAUUCUCUGGCAUACUUAUUAAAGCGGAUGGUUGCGCUGAAAGCGCUUUGUCCCUUUUCAAAUUAUCAUUUUUAAAAGCUGUCGUUCGAAUUAAAUGUAACCU